UCGCUCGCCAUUCGUCCGGUCAGAGUCGCAGCGAGAAAACGUGUGAGGCGCCUGCGCGCUCGGCUGCUAUUGCACCUGGAUUUUUGUUGUACCUUUACAAGCGAGGCGGCGGUGUUACAAGGGACCCCAAACUCCCACUUCGUGUUUCGUUCCGUUUCGUAUCGUGAUUUCUUGGGCGACAUUUUGAUUCGUGCAGUGAGUGUUACGGUUCUUGGGCUUCAGUUUUGCAUAUUGCAUUAUUUGCUGCGAAAUCGAGAACCGAUGCCGCCGCGAAUCCGCGAGUUGUAAUAAAAAUACAUUCCUCCGGACAGUUACAAUGGCACACACAUGCCUGUGCCGCCUUUGAGCUAUUUUUCCAACAAUGCCCAUAUAUAAAUAGCUUUAGUUGCGGUAGUUGUUCUACUAAAUAUCUGAAAUAUCUCAAUAAACAAAACCGCACCCAGGGAAAUCCGUGUUAAUUUCUUUGAACUACACUGGGAAAUUCUUAGAAAAAUUCCAGUAAAUUAAAAGUGAAAGUGAAUUGUUGUUUAACAAAAACAUUACUAAAUGUGCAAAGAAUGAGACACUGAAAACGGAGACUCUUGGAUUGUUUUUUUGCUCUUUUUUUCUUGAAAUCGAAUUGAACAACAACAACAACAAGAAAAAAGAUCACUUGAAGAAUUCCGGCCUUUUAAACGAACCAUCUCGCCUUUACUCUGUGUGUUUCUCUGUGACUCUUCAAAUAUUCCGUGCGCGAAAUUUCAAAAAGCUCCGCGAGAGUUAUGCAAAAGACUCGAAGAAGACGCCCAAACACAAGGCACAAAAACAUAAACUAAACCGAAGAGCCAAGACAAACGUGAAAACAAAGCACGUCUGCGGGCUGCCGCUGGUCAAGUGAAAUUUUUUACAAAAAACAAAAAAAGAAAACCUAAAACCCCUCAAAGAAAAACCUCCAGCGCCGCCUUUGGUGUGUGUUUCGUAAUGAAAAUUAAACAUUAUCCAGGCAAAGCUGUCGACGCCAGUCUUUCGCUGGAAGGCAGCAAUGCCAUGGGGGCUCUCUACGAGGCCAACUGGCUAAGGGCUGCCACCCAGGCCCAGACGCAGACGGCCCUGUCCCAGGUGCAGCCCCAAACCGCCUACCCAACCCAGCUCACGCGAUCCCCCUCGAAGCUAAGCCGGCAGAGCAGCUCGGCGGGCAGCGGCAGCAGCUUCCUGCUCGAGGGAAUCUCAGCUUUGAGCAAAUACCAGAUAGCCUUGGAGAAUAUCCGGCAGUUGGAGCAGCAAUCUCAACAAGCCCGUGACAAAAGCAUCGUGAGCACCAUUAAGGAGCUGAAUGGGUACAGACCAUCCCCCAUGCAGCAUCAUCACCAGCACAAUGGUUGGGUUACCGAAGAGCAGGAUCAUCCGCAAAAGAACAAAGUACUUCCAGAUGAGGAGAAAAAGAAACCCCAAGAGGGAACACCUGCUGUCAAUCACUACGUUUUGGAUCCCACGGAAAGAGCCAGGCUGCCACGUCCCCGGCAACAGCUCUCGGUGAAGCCACCCUCCCUGCGUCGCUCUCAGACUAUGAUGAUGCAACAGCCACCCAGUUAUGUCACCUUGAGGACAUCGCCUUCGAAAUCCUUUCAUAAAUCCCAGAAAAAUCUCAGCCACAGUGGUUCCUCUGCCACAUACUCCACAUUCUCCUCCGCGGCCGAUGAUCAGGAUCAGGAUCAGGUGGUGAUUUGCCAGCAGCCGCAGAGGUUGAUAUCCCCGCCUCCGCCUAGAGAGCCCCCGCCAGAACCACCCAGGAGAGUGGUAACCAAGCCUCUAACCCGCUCCCAGACCUCUGUUCAGCGAUAUGCCACCAUUCGGUUGCCCCAUGGACAGUCGACUUCGUUUAGCAGAAGCAUAGCUCAACCUAGAGAGUCCACAUCAUCGCUGCGGCGGCAUAGCCUGGAGCAGGCUAUCAAGGGUCUUAAAAUGGAGGAGGAGGAGAUGGCGAAGGAUGUACGCCAGAAGAGCCCACUCAUGGAACGCCUCUCGCCCGCUCCUAGUAGCAAUGGCAGCUCCAAGGAUCUCAAUGGCGAGGGCUUUUGCAUUCCACGUCCUCGUCUUAUUGUUCCUGUUCAUACAUAUGCCCGACGUCGUCGUACUGGGAAUCUCAAGGAGCAGUCCAGUGGGGGGCAGGAGGAAGAGGAAGCGGAUACUAAGAAGGAUGGCCGCGUUGAGGUAUCCCGCGAGGGCAAAUACCUUUCAACCCUUUCGGGUGCCAAGGUCCUGGGCGAACUGGCCAUCCUGUACAAUUGCCAGCGAACGGCGACCAUUACAGCCAUCACCGAGUGCAACCUGUGGGCCAUUGAGCGCCAGUGCUUCCAGACCAUCAUGAUGCGAACGGGCCUGAUCCGCCAGGCCGAGUACACUGACUUCCUCAAGAGUGUUCCCAUCUUCAAAGACCUGGCGGAUGACACGCUUAUCAAGAUCUCUGAUGUCUUGGAGGAGACUCACUAUCAGCGCGGCGAUUAUAUAGUGCGCCAGGGUGCUCGAGGUGAUACCUUCUUCAUCAUUUCCAAGGGCAAGGUAAGGGUGACUAUCAAGCAGCAGGACACCCAGGAGGAGAAGUUUAUACGCAUGCUGGGCAAAGGAGAUUUCUUUGGCGAGAAGGCUCUUCAAGGCGAUGAUUUGCGCACAGCAAAUAUUAUAUGCGAGUCUGCUGAUGGCGUCAGUUGCUUGGUCAUUGAUCGCGAGACCUUCAAUCAGUUGAUAUCCAAUCUGGACGAGAUCAAGCAUCGCUAUGACGACGAGGGGGCCAUGGAGCGCAGGAAAAUCAAUGAGGAAUUCCGUGACAUUAACCUCACCGAUCUUCGUGUGAUUGCCACCCUGGGUGUGGGUGGCUUUGGCCGUGUCGAACUGGUCCAAACCAAUGGCGACAGCUCCCGUUCUUUCGCUCUGAAGCAAAUGAAGAAAUCGCAGAUUGUGGAGACGCGACAGCAGCAGCACAUCAUGUCCGAGAAGGAGAUCAUGGGCGAGGCCAAUUGCCAGUUUAUUGUGAAGCUAUUCAAGACCUUCAAGGACAAAAAGUACCUGUACAUGCUCAUGGAGAGCUGUCUGGGCGGUGAACUCUGGACGAUACUAAGGGACAAGGGUAACUUUGAUGAUGGCACCACUCGCUUCUACACGGCCUGCGUGGUGGAGGCCUUUGAUUAUCUGCACUCGCGGAAUAUUAUCUAUCGGGAUUUGAAACCGGAGAAUCUGUUGCUCAAUGAACGUGGCUAUGUGAAGCUGGUGGACUUUGGCUUUGCCAAAAAACUGCAGACGGGCAGAAAGACAUGGACAUUCUGUGGGACACCAGAGUAUGUGGCACCGGAGGUGAUACUCAAUAGGGGUCAUGACAUCAGUGCGGAUUACUGGUCGCUGGGAGUGCUCAUGUUUGAGCUGCUGACGGGCACACCACCCUUCACUGGCUCUGAUCCCAUGCGCACCUACAACAUUAUACUUAAGGGCAUUGAUGCCAUUGAAUUCCCCAGGAAUAUCACACGCAAUGCCAGCAAUCUGAUCAAGAAGCUGUGCCGCGACAAUCCCGCAGAGCGUUUGGGCUACCAGCGUGGAGGCAUUAGCGAAAUUCAAAAGCACAAAUGGUUUGAUGGCUUCUAUUGGUGGGGCCUGCAGAACUGCACCCUGGAACCCCCUAUUAAGCCCUCGGUCAAGAGCGUAGUGGAUACGGCCAAUUUUGAUGACUAUCCCCCCGAUCCCGAGGGUCCGCCGCCAGAUGAUGUCACCGGCUGGGACAAGGACUUUUAAGAGGGCAAGCAGAAUCAGUGUCCUUCCAGACGAUGCUCUCUAAAAGGCUUCUGCUACAAGCAAAGAGUAGAAAUUGAUCUUAAGUGCGCCAUAUAUGUACGCCAAAGCCAACAGCAACAGUCAGCAGCUUGGAAACCACGAAAAAGCUGCCCACAAAUUUCAUAAAGAAAGUAGCAGUCGCAAGGCCAAGGGCUUAAACAUCGUCUUGGCCCUUUUUAGAUUAUAGAUUUAUAUAUAUGAAACCAUGAUGAUGUGCAACGCAAUGAAUUUAUUAACGAGUUUAUAACUAUUAUUUUGUAAUGAAGAGGAGAUAAAGGAGCAAGGAAUUGAUAUAACUUGUAAGUAGGUUUUCUCUGUUAGCCAUGUGCAUUGUAUAAAAUUCUUUCUAUUCGUAUCUAUUAUAAUAUUAUUAACAUAAUUAUUAGGAAUCAUUGUUAUCACGGUUGCCUUAUAGCCUGUAAGAACAUUUUUUAAAACAAGCUAAACAUCUGACCCAGAUUGUAUGUCAUAAAACCUAAAAAAACCAUUUGUUAAAGCUCCUAUGUGGCCUCUCUUCUAUCUUUCAUUAGUCUUAGCGUGUCAUUUUCUAUUAUUUGUACGAAUAAUAUGCCUUUUUAAUUGUCUUUUAUAAGUAAAAACCAGUUAGAAAUUGAAUAAAACAAAUUUAUGCAAAGAUAAA